UCUGUAUUGUUGUUCCCAGCUGUCAGCUGCAGCAAGGAGGUCUUGGGGACGGUAUUGUGUGUGUCAGUAUGUCAGUGUGUCAUUGUCUCUGUCUUCUUGCCAUCUAAAACCUCACAGAAACAGCUGCUUUACCCAUGAAAUACAGAUAUGAAGGACAAACGGAAGAAAAAGGAUCGCACCUGGGCAGAGGCUGCCCGCUUGGCACUAGAAAAACAUCCCAAUACUCAGAUGACUGCAAAGCAAAUCUUAGAAGUCAUACAGAAAGAGGGACUAAAAGAAACCAGUGGCACCUCUCCUUUGGCUUGCCUGAAUGCCAUGCUUCAUACUAACACACGCAUUGGUGAUGGAACAUUCUUUAAAAUCCCUGGAAAAUCUGGACUUUAUUCCCUGAAAAAGGAAGGAACACCAAGCCUUGCUGAUGGGGCAACUGAGUCUGUGUGUGAAACUGACAUAGAAGGUAUUGAAAUGACGGAAAGCAACAACAGCACUAGUGAUGAAAAUGGUGUUUGCCCUACAAAGCUACCUGAAGAACUGUCUUCCGAACACGAUACAAACCCCAAUGCAGCAGCUGUGCAGAACAAGUCUGUGUCUUCCACUCAGCAACAUACCAAAAAGGCUCUUAAACAGGCUUUGCGGCAACAGCACAAAAGAAGAAACGGCGUCUCGAUGAUGGUGAACAAGGCUGUGCCUCGAGUUGUAUUAACGCCUCUAAAGGUUUCUGAUGAGCAGCCGGAUUCUCCAUCAGGAAUCGAAUCUAAAAAUGGAAUUGGUGAUGGAGAAGGAUCUGACAAGGAAUUAAAGCCAGGACAGAGAUCACCAACCGGCAAACAAAUUAGCCAACACCUAAAAAAACUAAAGAAAUCCGGUUUGGGGCACUUAAAAUGGACCAAGGCUGAAGAUAUUGACAUUGAGACUCCAGGCUCUAUACUGGUGAAUACCAACCUGCGAGCUUUGAUCAACAAACACACAUUUGCAUCUUUACCUCAGCAUUUCCAACAAUACCUCCUCCUUUUACUGCCAGAGGUGGACAGGCAGAUGGGCAGUGAUGGAGUUCUGCGUCUCAGUAACUCUGCACUGAAUAAUGAAUUCUUUGCGUAUGCUGCUCAAGGUUGGAAACAAAGGUUAGCAGAAGGGGAGUUUACACCAGAAAUGCAGCUCAGAAUAAGGCAGGAAAUUGAAAAAGAAAAGAAGAUAGAACCAUGGAAGGAAAAAUUCUAUGAAAUAUAUUAUGGAGAAAAAUUGGGUAUGACAGAAGAGGAAUCAAUGAUACUUACCUCAGUGCAGGAGUGUACAGAAGAUGGGCCAAGUUCAGCUGCAGAGUCUUCUUGCUUGCCAGGAACAUCCAGCCAGUCUCCUGCAGAAAAGAAGGAGCCCGAGAACACUGAGAAGUUGCAGGAAUGUGAAGAAAGUGUGGACGAGGCAGUGUGUAACAUGGAACUAGUUUCAAAAGUAGUGACCGAGCAGGCAACAGAGGAUAUACUGUUGUCAGGGUUCCCUGACAUUUCUGCAGAGGAGUCUGUGGUGCAAGAAGAGAUAGCCGUGGAAGUAGACUCAAAUAUUUGUGAAUAUCUUGAGCAAGAUGAACAGGAAAUUGGACCAGCUGAAUAUGUCAGCAGCUGCACCCCUAACGAAGCAGAAGAAACACCAACGCUGCAGUCAGACAACCUAAUAGAGUGUGCUGUUGAGUCCUCAACUCAAUCCCCAGAGGAAGUAAAUCAUAAAGUAACAGGUAAUGAAGCAGAAAUAUUUACUGCCACUCCACAGUUGGCUCCAGUUUCAGUGGACCAAACUCUGUCCCCUCCUGUAGAUUCAGAAAAUUAUGGCAUUCAAAUGCAGCCUCAGACUACUGAACAGCAACAUGCCUCAGAUGAGCUGCGGACCUCAAAGGAGCCUGGAACCACGGAUGAUCUUGAAUCUACAGGGGAGCUUGUAACCACGGAGGAGCUUGCAAUCACAGAGGAUCUUGGAACCACGGAGGAGCUUGCAGCCAUGGAGGAUCUUACAACCACAGAGGAUUUUGCAACCAGGGAGGAUCUUGGAACCACAGAGGAGCAUCAAACCACAAAGGUGCUUCAAACCACAGAGGAACUGUCGACCCCAGAGGAUCAGCAGACUAAUGAGAUGCUGACACCCACGGUCGAUCUUCAGUCUGCAAAUGAGCUGAAAGACCACAUAGAGAUGGAAGAUCCAUCCAGUGAUUCUGAAAAAGGUUACAUUGAUUUGUCCCUGAAAUGCACAAACCAGCCUAGCUCUGUGGAUCAGUCCAUCUCUAGACCAGAGCCUUCCCCAGAGCAACGAGAAACCAAAAUCCAGGUAGGCCCACAACCAGAAGAAAAUAUGCAACAAAUUCAGGAAGCCACAAUUUCUGCUCCUUCUGAAAUACCACCUGAGGAACUGCAAAUCAGUCCAGAGCUUAGGAUAUCUAUGCUUGAGAAAGAAGACACUCUACUUUCUUCAACCAAACAAGUAUCAACAUCAUCAGAACCCCCUUUUUCAUGUAGAAACACGACAAUCCAGUCCCCUGAACAUCAGUCAUCUCUACCUCUGCUGCCCAGUGUGAGUGAAAGUCCAGUUCAAGAGAAAAAAGCUGUGCCACAAUUACCAGUAUUCCCAGAACUAACUGUCAUUCUAGAGGUACCUGAAAUUGGAAAUCCUGAGGCUGAACAGACAGCAUCUUCACUUGUUGCUGCCAAACCCUGUGCCUCUUCCAGUGCUGGGCAACCUUCUGUAUACUGUGGGCGUUAUAGCAAGAAGCUUGAACUCCCAGAGGCUAAACAACAGCACACUGCUGAGAAACAUGAUUUGAAAGCAGCUGCAUUCACGGAAGCCCCCAAUAGUUCUAUCCUGAAACUUGAAGACAGCAAACCAGCUGAGCCCCCUCCAGAAAUAACUGCAGCUGCUUCAACACUGGAAGCAGUGCCUUUACCAGAGAUACCCAAAACAGAAAACCUUCAGCUUCAGCAAAAUAUAAAAGAACCCAAGCAGGAGACUAAUAAUGCCUUUGUAUCAGGCAAAGCAUCACCUGAAACAUCUAAUAAUGCCAAAGGUCUUAAGCAGAUCAAACAUCACCAUUCUCAAGAGAAGUCAUCCUCCUUAUUAUUAUCAGAAACCACUUCAAAAAGCAAACACCACAGGUCUCAUCAAACAAACCACCAACACAGGCUGGAAGAACCACAUUCUGCAAAUCAUGUAGAGCCCAACAAGUCUCCAGAGAUACAGAGAACUGACUGCAGGGAUCCAGAGAUCUCCAAACGGAAGACAGGAGAGCAGCACACAGGGAUAUGUAAAGAAAAGAGGGCCAGAAUUGAAGAUAAAGAGCACCAGAAUACUUCACAGUCCAGCGCCCCACCACCUGAAAAAGAAGUGCCACCAAAAGAGGAGCUAAGAGUCCCACCCCUCAAGAUCCAACUCUCCAAAGUUGGUCUGCCUUUUAUCAUCAAGACGCAGCCAGUUUCCAAGCCAGAACCCAAGGUUUCGUCCACCUCUGGUCCAAGUACAGGAAGGAACACAGGAGCCAGGACUCUGGCAGACAUUAAGGCCAGAGCACAGCAAGCCAGGGCUCAGAGGGAGGCUGCAGCUGCUGCCGCUGUGGCAGCAGCUGCACGGAUAACAUCUGGAGAUGGUGGAGCCCCUUCUGAAGGGAGUAAGACCAGAACACUUGCACAUAUCAAAGAGCAAACCAAGGCAAAACUGUUUGCCAAACAUCAAGCCAGAGCUCAUUCACACCAGGCUGCUAAAGGGGCCAAGCUUCAUAGUUCAAAGGAGGACAAGUGUUCCUCAGAUUCACAGGUGGCUGUGCAAUCCAAGAGUGAUGGUCCAACUGGUGUUAUUAUUGCUAAUCCCAAUCGUAGGCCACUUGAGAAAGGCUUUGCACUGAGUUCAGGGUCUUGUCCUACCUUCAAGGCUUCAGAAAACAGAAUUGCAAAGUCUGUGGGCAAUAUGUCUGUGCCAAAUGCUGCUCCACAUAGUAUCCCUGUUCCACAGCCCUCCUGUAAAUUGCCCCAGACUGGUAGGACUAACACUAUGCCAAGUGUAGAGAAUAACCAUGCCAAUCCAAAUACAGUUUUCAACUCAGCAGUGCCAGUCUCUGUCCAUGGUUUUUCUAUUUCUCCUGACAACCCUUCUGUUCUAAUGGCUGUCGGUAGACCCAACCACCAGAAAUCUUUGUUCCAAGUAUAUCCGUCUAAACCCGGUGCCAAAGCCACUGUUUCUGGCUCAACCCAUAGAGCUGUUGUGCCAAAGUAUAAUGAUGACAGCACUGCACCGGUCUCGACAGAGGUGCCAGCCAUGCCAUGUCCAUUGAACAAUGCAUCCCCAAAUCACCCCAUUAAUGGAGGGUUAAGGUAUACGGGUCAGACAACCCCCCAAGUGUCUUGUGUCAGUACUGCUCUGCCUACCUCCAAAGGCAGUACAUUCCAAGACAACACAGUAUCCAAGAGAAACUGCCCCCCCAGAAGCAACACUCCAUUUUUAUUUGAAAGACCAAGUGUGCCCUUUCCGUCUGACUAUCAUGCAUUAAGCAAUGCUGACAGAAGGGAGACCCAACACUACAGACAAAAAGCCAGCAUGACAAAAUAUAUUACCGACAGAGGCCAUGUCAACAAGAGCCCAAUUAAGAACAACCCAAUGCCGACAAAUGAGAAUGUUGUGAAUGAAAUUGGAACAUGGGGGGAGUGUAGACAGUUGCCACUGACAGACUCUGCUAGUAACAAAGCUAUUCCAUGUAAGGUUAUAGUGGAUCACAGCUCUGGUUCAUAUUCAAGCACUCCAGCUGCAAACUUGGUUGAUGCUCGACAAAACCUACCAAAUAAAGGGGUGAAAACGGAAACUGUACUGCGAUUGCAGGAGUCAAUAAUGAGCAGGUCUGAACCUUUCCGCCAAAAAACAGAACAGAAUUCAAUUUUUAAUGAUGCCUCCCGAACGAACAGUAAGAAACUACAGGUGACUAAUAAUGCUCUGCAUGGCUCACCUGUACUUCAGCAGAACAGACAAAAGGGGGUUACACCUUCUGAGCAGAGUGCUGCCAAUCUUAUAUACAGCUCCCUGUUGUACAAGCAUGUUGAAAAAGUGGUAAUCAGUGAUCAAAUCAGUGAACCUAAAAGCUGGCUGAAAGAGAAAGAUGACUGCAUGGACACAAUGAUAAUACAUCAACAUGUAAGUGAUGUCAAAAAGAAAAAAGGCAAAAUUAUUUCAAGCACUGAAGGAAUGAUCACCUCUCCAGAUUGCUCUAUUUUUUCAGAAACCAUCAUCAAAUCUGAACCCAGUGAUAUGGACACUGAGGACUUGAAAGAAGCAGUGAAUUUGCAUCAUGGAAGUCAUUUUCUAGACGAGAGGACAGUCAAGACCUCUGUAGCUGCCACUGAUAUAGCUGAGGACUGUGUAUCAUUGAACACAGAAAACCAUAAAAGAGGUUACCUUGCUGUAAGCUCUAGCUGUCGCCUGUCAUCAGUGGAGGCCAAUAACCCUCUAGUGACUCAGCUACUGCAGGGGAAUUUGCCUUUGGAGAAAGUGCUGCCCCAGCCCCGGUCAGGGGCCAGACUAGAGAUAAACAGACUGCCUCUGCCUUUGCAAAAUACCUCAGUAUGCAAAACAGCUGCAGCUAUGAGAAAUGUCAUGGAAAAUGUUCAGAGCUGUCUCAGCCCAGAUGGCAAAGGACUUGCUCCAGGAAUAGGGGGGCCUGUCCACAUAAGAAAGCGUGAUAUCUGUCCCAACAAAAAGGUGUCCAAGUCUGCAGGGGAACUCGCUCACAUUAAAUGCGAGCAGAACAAUCAAAUGACUGAGGCAGAGAGUAAAAAUGCUUCCUGCACACUCAGUACUUAUUUAAAUCAAUUGGGCCCAAGGCAGCCGUUUGUACAGGAGUGGGUGAAAAAAAGUCUGAUGCACGGCAGAAUUACUCCCAGCCCAGAAAUCAAACAGCAGAAGAGACCACUUCCCGCAUGCAUCUUUCAGAAAGAUUCAUUGGAUAUUGAUAAAAAUGGCAGCUUUCCUUCUGAAGCCAGUGACUCUCAAAGGCUUUUUUAUCCUCCCCGGGCUGACGUCAGAGACACCAACCCUCCAACAGCUUUGCUGCAAGCCAACAUGAAAGCCACAUCUGGCUGCACGACUCCAAACACAUUAGCAUUCAACAGGAAUCAGGAACAAAAAGGUCUAGGAGAAGUCAAUAUUUCUGUGGCAACAGAUCAAUUGAGAAAAAGAAGUGUUUUUUCAUCCAAUCUUCAAAUUAAGCAGGCUGAUGACAUUCACAGUGUCUCACAGGCUGCCCAGAACGCAUCUUUAUUGCAUCCACCUAAUGGAGAAGUCCCGUCUGAUCAAAAGCAAACAGACGUUGCCAUGGAGACCAAGAGACUUAGUUGGCUUCCUUCAGCAAACAUCUGUAGCAAUAUAAAAGUGGAGCCGAUUUCUUUUAACGAGGGGUUAGGAAACAACUGUGAAAUGGCUGUUAAGCAGACGUCCUAUCAGCAGAAUGAAGCAAAGGAACACAUGCAGGGUUUUCAGCUCAAGAGCCCAGAGUUUCCUUCCUACAUGGCCCCAGCGCCACACAAGUCUUUUGCCCAGUUAAAAACUCCACAAGCACCUCAGUCCCAGCAGGUGUAUGGAAAGUACUCCACAAUACAUUUUGGUAACACUAAUUUCAACAGAACUGCCUCUGUUAUUGAGAAAUCCAUUGGAAGCUUUCUGGGUAACAGUGCAAGCAGUGGUAGUGACUUGUCGAAUCAGAGUGCCUCUGUUUCAGGUCAGAUAUUUGCUGAUGGCAGCAGUGUUGAUGAACUGGAGCUGAAAUGCUCAUGCAGGCUGAAAGCCAUGAUUGUGUGCAAAGGCUGUGGAGCCUUCUGCCAUGAUGACUGCAUAGGCCCAUCAAAACUAUGUGUUGCUUGUUUAGUAGUGCGGUAGACAGUUAUUUAAAAACCAAGUGUAUGACACUAUUUAUAUUGAUAACACUUUGAGAACUACAGCUGCAUUCCUGUACCGUUUAAAAUAUAAGAACAAAGAUUACAUUUUUAAUUUAUUUGUUUUAAAACUUGUUUGUGUCAACUUCAUUGCAACACUGUAAUACAAUGUUUACAUGAAAACAAAGGAAUGUGAAUUUUAAGCUAUUCUAUAAAUAAGGAUCUUGAUUUGUAAGUAUAGCACUGUUUUAAAACUUCUGGGUGUUAGGCAUGAGAAGCCAUUAAAAAUAUGCACUACCAUAACUCACUUUGAAUUUAGCGAGGCCGGAAAUACAAAAACAUGCCAGUAAAUUGAAAUACUGUAAGGAAAUCCUAUUAUUUAAUUAUUAAUUAUUAUUAUGUGUUUACCCCCAAGUCCAUGAUUAUAACAUUUGAUUUACACAAUUAGACUGUUUUAAUAAAAGGUUGCAUGGCAAGUAGGUUUCUUAACAGAAAAGCGUUUAUGAAGUACACACAGAACUUUGUGAAAAAGCCUUGAAUGUAAGGUAUUAUGUAAUAAUUGAAUGUGAAAACAUUUGCAACGUUGGGAUUAGGGAUUGUUCCUUUCACAGUGCAGCUGAGAGAAAAUAAAAAAUAAAUAAAUAAAUAAAAUAACAAAAGCAGCAUUUAGAUGUUACCGACCAGAUUAACCCAAGAAUUCCCUGCAGAACUAGGGGAAAAUGCUUUAGUCUGGUACAUGUUUAUAAAUUAUUUAUUUAUUAAAUAUAUGAUUAAAUGGUUUUACAAUUACUAAUUUGACUAUCACAGUUACAUGUUGUAGACUUUGUACAAUAAGGUAAACUUCAUUGUCGAACAAUUAAGGAUAUAUCAAUGUAUGACAUGCUUGAACCCAUGCCCGAUUCUGUUUUGGAGAAUAGAAUGUUGGGGCUGUGUUGUGCCAAGUGUCAUCUAACACAGACUUAAUCUGUAUCACUAUUAUAUAACAAUAUAAUAAUAAAACGUCCAUUUGAAAGAAACAGAAGUUCAGUAUAAGUGACCAUUAGCAAAGCAAAAUAGUAUUUACUUAUCACAUAUUAUUGAGCUCUUUUAUUAAAUUAGUGAUGAUCAAGAUACAGGUAAGAUAGUCAACAGGUUGUCUGUAAUAUACAUAUAACCAUGCUGUAUUAAAAAAACGAAAAAUACAUUUUUACCAGUUACCAAUGCUCUUAAAUACUGGGUCAAUUACAUGAUUUUAUAGUGUUAUUAUUACAUUUUUUGUUGUAUAACUGAAACAGUUACUACUCAGUGUUUUAAACUAUGUUUAAUUGUCAGUAUUUUAAAUGUUUACAUACAUCUCAAAUUUGCCAUUGUAUGCCUUUUUCAGAGAAGCGCUCUUAAAUUAUAGCUGACAUCAGAUGUAUUGGUGUGAAAUUAACCUGUGUUUAACAAAUUGUGAGAAACGUUGAUUUUAGUUGAGAAACAGUUGAAACAACAACCAGUCACUAGUAUACCUAGACAAAGCCUUCUUCAUAUUCUACCAAAGAAGAAAAGCUCCAUCAAGUGGCAUAAACUCACACAUGUAAAGUAUAUAUAUAAUAACCCUACCAGGAGCAUCAGUCAGUCAGUCAAAGGCUUGUUAUUGUUUAAAAAGCAUUAUCCUUGAUUUACUAUUAAAGUAACUUUGCAGAUAAAACUAAAGAGGAUCAAUGUUGUAGUCGUUAGAAUUCAGGGAUACUGUGGUUAACGGUGCUGUAUUUCACAUUUGUGUUAAGAAAAAUGUCUGAUCUUAAUGUAUAA